AUGGAGUUUGGGCGGAAGAAGAAAAUAUUGUCUGCCGGGUGGCCCCUGUGCGAGCUGCAAGCAACCCAAGGACUGACGCCCACCGGCCGACUCGUCUUGCGUGAUGCACCCGACUAUCAGAAUCCCGUCGUAGCCACGGCAGCCACCACAGAUCAGUGCCUGAAUGCCUAUGAUGCGGCGCACGCACACGCAGCACUCGUGCAGGCCCAGGUGGCAGCUCGUCAAGCUCACGUCCGUCACGUUCGCCAGCGCGUGAAAGCCCGUGUACAAGCCGUGCGCACGUUUCAGACGGGCAUGAUCAACGCCCAUGCUGCGCAUCAUGCUAGCCUUGCUGGCGUACAGCAACUGGCGCCCACGUGCUUGCCUGGCCGAUUAGCCACGGCCAUCCAUUGCGGCGCGGGUGAUCGCCAUGCGCUUGAUGUCGGUCGCAAUGAGCAGCCCACGCUGUCAGAGCGCGCGGAGCAACGAGGCUCCGACAAAGCAACCGCCACUCAGCUUUUGUUGUCUCGAAGGGUCGUGCUGGAUGAGAACGAUGAUGGCUUCCAGCACUUUUGGCGCAGCAAUUCGAGCCAAGGCACGCGCGAAGAGCCAACAACAGAGCCAUUGAACGACUCUAGCGGGCUGUCCAUUAUAAGCAACACGCCCAGCAGAGCCACGACCCCUGCUGCCUCGGCGCAAGGCGAGCCGGCGUUUGAAGAGCUUGACACGAGUUCUUUGAAUGCCGAGCGCUUGUCACCGGUUGGCACACAACAUCAUGGAGCAACUGCCAUGCUCAACAUGUUCUGGUGGCAUGUGUUUGUGUGGAAUGGAUACCAACGGGCUGCAGAGCAGGAGCGUCAUCGAGCGCGCGCCUACCAUCAAAUCAACCAGCAACAAGCGCGCCUUGCGCAGGUUAAAUCUUUGCGCGAGCAACAUCGUCGCAUCCUUGAGCAAGAGUUUUCGUCACAGCAAAGCAAUGCUAUGGACUGA